AUGGACCUCUAUCGCCGCCGCUCCGACCCCGUGGUGCAGCUUCCUGUCUCCCCUGAACCAAGCCAGUCCCAGUAUCGCCACCCCCUCUUAUCCUCAUUACCACUGCCCGCGAACCCCGCAAACCAGACAACCAGAUCAACCAACAAGCUUGAGGCGAAGGCCCAAGCUCUGUGUAGCAUGACCUUUGAGCUCAACCUUCGUAACCUUAACACACAUGCCCUGCGCCUCGAGCGUAAUAUCCAGCGCCUCGCCAUCAAGACUGCCGACGAUCAAGAUUUCAGACGCGAGAAUGAAGCUACCCUGGCAAAAUAUAUGCGAGAGGUUGAAGCUGUCAAGAUACACUUGGCUCAAUACGGCGACAAACCCCUCGUGACCCGGGCUGAUAUUGCCAAGCUGCAGCAAGAGAUACUUCAAGAAGUUGCGGAAUGGAAGGCGGAGCUGGAUGAUAUCAGAGCGCAACUCGAUGCUCUGAGGGAUCAAAACCGACAAUUCGCUCUGAGGGAUCGAAACCUAUUUGAAAAGAUCAAGGAGAUGCUGGGCAGCAACCAAACGCCAGAUGCUCUUAUGCCCUCUGCCCCCUCCCCUCCCUCUGCCACUCGGACUCUGCCAGCCCGGCAGUCAAACCCGAGAAUGGAGACUCGUGCGAUGCGUCGAGAAAGGUUGGAUGUCGUCGUCCUCAAUCGACAACAACGCAAGUAUCUCCAAUCUGCCAAAGUACCGUUGCCGGUUGCUAACUUGGAUCCAGAGCUUGCCCUUUCGUCGGAACAUGAAUACCGAAUUACUGAGGCCAUCAACUCGACCAAACGCUGGAACCGAGAGCACAAAGUAACCAAGUGUUCAGACCCCGAGUUCAUUGCCAAUUAUCUUAUGAAGCAAGGGCGACGCGACCCUGGCAUUGCCAAGGUGCUUCAACGGGCGAUCCAGAAACGAGCUUUCCAGGCUAUCAAGAUGGAAACUGGCGAGCCAUGGCGUCCUCAUGAUCUCACAGAGCUCUGCCACAGCGUGGCUUGGCGGGAUGUGAUUGAUACAGCGACGGAGGUAUUGGUCACCAAGAAACACCGAACUGUGCAAUUGUUGGCGCAGAUGUGA